AUGACUCGCAUUCUGGUCCUCAAUGGGCCUAACAUAAACAUUCUGGGACGGCGCAACCCUGGCAUCUACGGCAUCAGGACCUUGGAUGAGGUCAACGGGGCUAUUUCCGAGAAGGCCGAUUGCCUGGGUGUGGAGGUUGCCUUCUACCAGUCCAACCUGGAAGGGGAAUUGGUCGACCGGAUACAGGAGAGCUGGGGUAACAUCGACGGCAUUGUCAUCAACCCCGGGGCUCUGACCCCACUACGGUAUCAUCGAAGAGGAGAGGUCCGCAUGAAAGAACGCGCAACUCAUCUGGCCUCCCUGCUGCUUGAACGGGAACUGGAUGCCAUUCUAAUUUCCGCCCCCGAGAACCGCCGCUACUUGUCCGGUUUCACCGGUUCUGCCGGAUACCUGCUCGUUACCCCCGAGCGAAAGGUGCUGUUCACCGACUCCCGCUAUACGGAGCAGGCGGGCAAUCAGUCCCCCCAUUUCGAGGUUAUCCAGAUGCGGGCGGGCCUGGACUGGCUGCUGGGUGCUCUGAAGGAGACCGGCGUCAAGAGGAUCGGCUUUGAGAGCGACAACAUGACCGUUGCCUCCUACAACCGGGCUACCUCCGGCAUCACCGAAGAACUGCGGAUUUUCAAGGACAAGGAAGAGUUGGCCCAACUGCAGAAGGCCAUCGACGCCUCGGACCAGGCCAUGGAACUUGUCUGCCCUGCCAUUGAAGCGGGCAUGACGGAGAAGGAAGUGGCCUGGCGCAUGGAAGUGGCCAUGCGGGAGUUCGGCGCAGACAACAUCAGCUUUGACACCAUAGUGGCCGCCGGUCCCAACGGGGCCAUGGCGCACCACCGGCCCAGCGACUCGGUAAUUCAGGCCGGUCAGCCCAUUGUCAUCGACAUGGGCGCGCAGGUUGGCGGUUAUUGCAGCGACAUCACCCGCACCGUGGUGGUAGGUGAGCCCGACGAGAUGUUCCACAAGAUCUACAACAUCGUUCUAGGUGCCCAGCUUACCGCCAUCAACACGGUACGCCCCGGCUUGACGGGCGAGGAGUGUGACGGACUGUCCCGGGACGUGAUCGCCGAGGCUGGCUACGGCGACAACUUCGGCCACAGCCUGGGCCACGGCGUCGGGCUGGCCGUCCACGAAAACCCCAGGGUCGGCCCCCGCUCGCCCGAUACCCUCAAGCCCGACAUGGUCUUCACCGUAGAACCCGGGCAUUUACCUGACUGGCUGGGGCGGCGUCCGCAUCGAGGACAUAGUAAUCCUGGGCGAGGAAAGGGGCCACGCCGCUAA